GGGGUCGGGCGGGGCGCGCAACUUUUCCUUGCCUUCUUAUUCACAUCUCCCAUCGUUCACAUCUCUCACCAACCGCCGGCACCACACCCAUCCAUCCAUCCUCUCGAUCUUCUGCCUCUCUGCUGCUCUAGCUUCUUCUACCUCCCUCCUUCGCCCCUCUGUUAUCUCCGUUCUUCCUCCAGUUUGCUUGCUAGCUGCACAUCGUCGCUCGUGAUCUGACAGUAUCCUCUCCCUACCUUUCAAUUCGUCGACGACAAGGCACCAGCAGAAAGAUCGAAGGCCACAGUUAUAUAGUAUGAGAUCAGGGUAAUGAAGUAUAUAGUGGCUACCUGCUGUGUGUAUAGUUUUGGUGUGUCUAGCUAGGUUUUGCGUGUGGCUCGUUGAUCUGUUUUUGGCAGAACACAUCUGUAUCUAGCUACGCUAUUGAUCGACCAGACCGAUCGAUGAUGGCCGGGGCACCGCCGAUGCACAUCUGCAUGGACUCCGACUGGCUCAAGGGCAUCGUCCCCGAGGAGCCUGGGAUGGGAUCGUCGUCACCGUCAGCGGAGCUGAUCGCAUGCCCUAGGCCGAUGCACGCCGUGGCGGCGGCUGCGGCGGCGGACCGGCGUCUGCGCCCGCAGCACGAUCAGCCGCUCAAGUGCCCGCGGUGCGAGUCCACGCACACCAAGUUCUGCUACUACAACAACUACAGCCUCUCGCAGCCGCGCUACUUCUGCAAGACGUGCCGCCGCUACUGGACCAAAGGUGGCUCCCUCCGCAACGUCCCGGUUGGCGGUGGAUGCCGCAAGAACAAGCGCGCCAGCGCCAAGAAGCCCCCCGCGCCGCCGAUGCAGCCGCGGCACAUGGCGGAGACGGGCCUCCACCUGUCCUUCUCCGGCAUGCCGCAGCUGCCGCCGCCGUCGGCCGAUCCGCUUUGCAGCCUCGGCCUUCUGGACUGGAAGUACGACCCGAUCCUCACGGGUUCCGGUGGCGGCGCCGCUGCAGGCUCGUUGGAUGGCGCAAGCUCCGAGGCGCACUUCGCAGGGGCGGGCAUGCUGGGCAUCCCAGGUGGCGGCGGGAGCGGCGGCGAGUGCCACGCGCUGAGCGCGCUCAGGUACGCGGCCGGCCUGGGCGAGCACCUGCAGCUGCAGGGCCUUCCGUUCGGGGGGCGCGCUGAGCACGACGGGAUGGAGGUGAAGCCACCGGCGACGGAGAGGCUGCUGUCCCUGGACUGGUACAGCGAGACGAGCCGGGCGCCGGAGAGCGCCAUCAGCUCGCUGGGCGCGCUGGGCCUGUGGAGCGGCAUGCUCGGCGGCGCGCACCAGCACCAUGGCUCCUCGGCGGCCAUCUAAGAUCCUGGCACAAACGUGCCUCCGUCCAUACUUUGCGUUGCAUGCACCACCGUGCACUGCGCAUCAGUGGUUUGCUAAUGGAGUUGACAAGUACGAGUGACUACGUAGAAGUGCUUGCUUUCUGGUUGUUUUUACCUGUUUUUAUCUUCUGUUUCUCGUUUCGUCGUCGUUUCGUUUUUUUGGACGAUCCAUGCUUGCCGCUCGUCAUUUCAGAUGAUGUCUCUGUUGAUGUACCACUUCAAAGUUCAAACAUUUGCUGUGGUUCGAAUUACAGUUUGGUGGUGGUUGUGAUGAGCUCAGGUUUUAUC